UUAUUUUCAUUGAGUAAGAGGAAGCCAGUGUAACUGACUGACUAGUUUAUUUUCUCCUUCUAACAUACAUCAUUGAAUCAGUGACCAAUGAUCAAUGCGGUUCCAAGUACAACAUGACUGUUUUUCCCACUCCCCAGGAGUGAAUUCACACCCUGUGCCAACGCAUGAAGGUUAUGCUGGGUCCCUAUAUAUUCAAUGUCCAUGGUUAAUUUUCUACCUUUUUUAAUAAGAUUUCAAUUUCACGUGAACAAUAGGAUUGUUAAAAUGAGAUUUUAUUAAUUAAGGAAAAGAUAGAAAUGAAACUUACUACUGUUUACUAUAUACGUAUAAGCUUAUUUGUAUUCUUAUUUUAAAGGAAAUUCACAUAGCAAACUUAUUUUCUUUAUUUGUUCUAUUAAAGAAGAAAAUAGUUAGUGCCUGACCACAAAGCCAAGAGAAAAAUGCCAGAACCUAACAGUACAAUGAAAAAUACUACACCUGAAGAAGAAAUUGCAUAUGAAUGGCUGAUCAAACCAUGUGAAAUAUAUAAAGAGGAAUUUAGGGAUUGUACAAGCAUAAGAGCACGGUUUCAUCAAUAUUUUAUAUUUGGAGAAACUCUAGACUGUAAACAGUGGCAAAUUGAUUAUAAGAAUUGCAAUCUAUGGUCUGAAUAUAAAGAUAAAGAAGCAUGUAAGCAAUUAAUAAACAGUGAAAAGAAGCGCAGACUAGAGAGAUUAGAAGGUCAUUAUAAGAAUGAUAUUUGGCAAAAGAGAGAUAAACCUCCAGAAAAUUGGAAUGCUCCAUUACCUAGCUGGCUAGAAAAAGAAAAUAGUAAAUCAUAUUUACGAAUUGUAAGUGACAAAUUAAAAGAAAAUCAAUACGAGAAAGAAGAAAAAAAAUUUUGUACCAUAAUGUAAGAAUAAUUUAAUGUAUUUAAUAUCAUAGAUAUUUUUAAGUAGUACGUGAUACUUCAAAAUAAAAAUUCAGAAAUU